AUGGCUGGCCUUGGCGGGUUCAACUUCGACGCCUCCAAACUCAACAAGGCCACUGCCGCCGAUUACUCGUCCUCGGAUUCGGACGCGGACGACAUUGAUGAUUUCCAGGUGCCAUCGCGCGAUCCCCACGAUGACGAUUUCGCCGACUUCAACCCGCGCAAGAGACGCCGAACUGGUCGCGACGCAAAGGAAGCCGCGGCCCUUGGUGUCUUUGGUUCCGAAAGCGAAGACGACGGUCCUCGAUGGAAGCGCAAGAACCUCCGCACAAAGGGCGUCAGCUUUGUCUCGUCAGCCAACAACAAGCCAGCCAACUCGGACGAGGACGAGGAUGAAGAUGAUAUUGAUGAUGAAGAGGACGAGGAUGACGAGUACGACGCGAGACCAUCGAUGAAGGCUGCCCAUGCUGAGGACGAGGAGGAGGACGAAGAAGAAGAAGAGGAAGAGUCACGAGGCGUUGGGCUGGGCUUCAAAUCUGCCGCCGCUGCAGCAACAGGGCAAGGAUUGGGAUGGGUACCUCCGACACAACAAAAGCAAGAAAAGAGUCCGCCACGACAAUCCUUUGUCAAGUCAACAAUCAACAUGUCGAACCCUCUCGGUCCAGGAUUCACCCCGACCUCGGCCAAAGCACCGACGCUCCUCACCAAAGACGACGAUGAACCUUCCACGCCCCGCGUCGCCCUACCCAGUGCUUUUGCUCGGGCAAAAGAUGGAAAGACAAAAACCAAUAAGAUGUCCUUCGCGGCCCGUAUGAUGGCCAAGAUGGGGUACGAGGAGGGCAAGGGUCUCGGUAAAGAAGGCCAGGGACGCAACGUCAUUAUCGAGGCGAACCUCCGGCCCCAGGGUGCCGGUCUGGGCGCUGUCAAGGAAAAGACGCAACAAGAACGGGAAGAAGAGAAGCGGCAGGCACGUCUGCGUGGAGAGGAGCUGGUAGACUCGGAAGAGGAGGAGAAAAAGAAGAAGGCCGCUCGCAGAAAGAAGGCUUUGGCUGGCGGACUGGGAAGUGGUACGGCCAGCGCUGGCAGCACGCCGCGACCCAAGAAGCCCAAGUAUAUGACUUUGGAUGAGGUCAAGAAGGUCGCCCCAGGGCUGAACAUUCCCGAUGCCUUUACUCCCAUCCUGGAUAUGACCGGACCUGGCAAGAAGAUGCUCACGACGUCUUCAGGCCUGAUGACCCCUACCGGAACCACCACUCCUGCCGAGUCGACGGAGGCGGCCGAAUCGCGAAAGCUCGUUAGACGGGCUCAGAAUGAUUUUAUGGCGAUUCUGGAAGAAUGGCAGAACCUUCAGGAACGCAAGGCAUACGCCGAAUUGCAGCUUAAGCAAGAGCAGCAGGAGUUGGACGAGCUCACGGCAAGCCUACAAGCGAACAGGGCCAUCACGGGUCUUUGCGAAGUGCUCUCUAUCCCCGUCGAGAGCGGCGAGUUUGACAAGAGGGCGGACCUUGACUACAAGCUGCGACGCACAAUUUCUGGUCUAGUGAGCGCCUCCGACUCCUUUUCUGAUGCCAUGCUGCCACAGAUCAAGGACGAGGUUGCCUUACUCGCUGUUGCCGCCGUCUAUCCUGCCCUCAAGGAGUACCUACAGAUCUGGAAACCACUCGAGGAUCCCAAGCCAGGCUUCGUUGAUGGUCUGAUGUCCAUUCGGAAGCUACUCGGCCUCGACCAGAAGACCAAGCAUACCCAUCGCCGGGCCACAGCAACCCCUUACGAAACCAUGAUGUACCAGCUCUGGCUCCCCUCUGUGGCAAGUGCGGUGAGGGCAUGGGACGUCCGGGAGCCCGACCAACUCAUCGCUGUCUUUGAAGCCUGGGACGGGCUAAUCCCCUCGUUUAUCCGGUCUCAGCUUCUCCAAGACAUUGUCCGCAAACUCGAAGAAGCCGUCCAGAAGUGGCACCCCAAAAAGAAGAGCAGCACAUCCAAUCUCCCGCACGUGUGGAUCUUUCCGUGGCUCCCCUACCUACCUUCGACCCACCUUGACCCCAAGAGCUCGGCCGGUCUCGUGGCGGACGUCAAGCGCAAAUUCCGCCAGCUCAUUGACGUCUGGGAAUUCAGCCGCGGCGUGAUCCCGGGCCUUAAACAAUGGAAGGAAGUCCUCCGCCCUCGCCGGGGUUCCGAUCAAUGGGGUCCGCUCGUGAUGAACCACCUCCUCCCCAGCAUGGCGCGGUACAUGCGCAAGAACUUCCGCGUCGACCCGCGCGACCAGGAGCCGUACAUGGACAUGCUCGAAGGCUUGUUCAAAUGGCUUGACGUCAUCCGCCCGUCCAUGGUCGGAGAGGUGAUUGUGGUCGAGGUGUUCCCCAUGUGGCAUGACGCACUGUAUCAGUGGCUUCUCCUCGAUACGGCGAACUACGAGCAGAUUGGUCAGUGGUUCGAGUGGUGGCAGGAUCAAGUGUUCCCGGAGGAAAUCAAGUCACUCCCGUCCAUCACGGCCGAGUUCGAAAAGGGCAUGAAGAUGAUUGAGCGCGCUCUGGAUCUGGGUGAUGGCGUAAAGACGGAGCUCAAGGCUCCGGAACGAGGUCCCGCUUUGCCUUCAUCCAAGUACUCGUCGUCGUCCCGGCACGAGCGUGAACAUGGUCAUCGUGAGAAGCACCGCGAACGGGAAGCCCGACUGCAGCCAGCGGAGGCAGAGAAGAAACAGCCGGAGGAAAUCACGUUCAGACAUGCGCUGGAGGAUUGGUGCCAGGAGAACGACUUGCAGUUUAUCCCGGAGCGCAAGAAGAUGCAUGCCGAAGGACCUUAUUACCGGAUCACAGCCAGGGGCGAUGGCAAGGGUGGUGUGCUGGUUCGGUUCAAGGGCGAUGUGCUGUUUGUGGAGGUCAAGGGGCAGGAUGUGCUCAAGAUCCACAGGGAGCCGCAGAGUGGAUGGGAGGCGCUGUUGGAGUUGGUUUUGUAAUGGUAGACUAGGGGUAGGGGCAUGGUGUUGUAGAUUGAUGAAGUUAGUUGAUAUCCAAUAUGCGCAUUUUGAGAG